ACCGCCAGCUCUGCAGCAGCUCCGCACUGAGGAGACAGGAGCAGGCUGUGGGCCCUGUCUUCCUCAGCUCAUCUCAGGAGCCUCAGAAGCCUGACUCAUGUCUAUCUACAUCUGUCCACUCAGCUCAAAACAGGCCCCUGGAGCCCUGGGGUCAGGGCAUUGCCUCCUGAGGUCUUAGGUGCAAAGCUGACAUCCUCUCUGGGGAGUUCGGCAGACCUUACCCAGUUGUAGUCAGACUCCAGGCUACAGUUUCUCUGUGGAGAGAGGAGACCUAGAGAAGGCAAGUCCUGGAGACAGACCCAAAGGCGCCUCUGGCGACCCACAGCUGCUUGGGAGGAACCCACUCAGUGUGUGUGUGUGUGUGUGUGUGUGUGGAGGCGGGGGUGGGGGGAAGUGAAGGGCCCAAAGGCAGGAAGAGGAUUCCUGGAGCAGAGACGGGGUAGGGAGUGUCAACCAGCCACUGAGACCCUUCUGUACCUGAUGGUCUCCACUUCCAUCUCCCAACUUCUCUGAGCCAUGCUCCGAAUCAGAGGAAACAGUUGUCCCAUGGGCCAGAUCAAAGAUGUAUUAUUCACUUCAGCUGACAUGGUGCUUAAAAAAAAGAGUCUAACCCAAAUGUUUUAAAUUGUGGGGUUUUACAUUAAAACCUUUCUUGGACAAUGAAUCUGGCUGCACCGCACCCAUCUUCCCACAUGGCAACAUGGGCUGGAGUCAGGGGCAUGACCUUUGAGACACCCCAGUCCCACAGUUCCUAUCACCCCCCACCACCACCACCACCUACCUGCCUGGCCCCUGAAGACAUCCGAGUUCCAACCCCGUAGACACAACUUGACUCUAUGGCCUUACUCUUCAGCCCCUGCCCACCCAGUACCGGGGGGCCCUGGGGUAGGGGGCCUAGCCUGGGUGAUGUUGGCAAGGCUGGGAGCAAGAGAAGUUGGGGGCAUUAGGAUAAAAACUCAGGUGCCUCUUCCAGUCCCGUUUUUUGCAAACAGCUGUUCCCCCCAGUGACCUGGUUUGGCUAAGAGUUGGUCAGGGGUCAAACCCCUGACUUCCUGGUGCAAACCUAGGGGAAGGUACAGGCACAUUUCCUCUGCCUGCAUGAGCCAGCGGGCUCCUUGGUGCCUAAUGGGGCAGCUGCAUUUGGCCAAAAGGGCAACUGAGCGGUAGAAAUGGUCCUCCCCCGGCACUGGGGCAGCUGCCCACAUCCGCACAGCCCUUUGGGGAGGUCCAGCUCCCCCAACCACCUCCUGGGUCACAUCUGAGGAAAAGAAUCAAAACCUACUUUGUCUUUAGCCCCCUGGCCUUCUAGGAAAAGACCCUGUAAGAGAUUCGGAGGCGACAGUUUGCUCCCUUCAUUGUGAGCGGAGACGCUGGUGCUGCAAUGGAAGAGACAAGAAAUGAGGAGCAAACGGGGGAGGGAGGUGGAAAAAUUAAAUUCUGCGUGAUCAGCAAGGUUUCAAACAAUCGCUCGCCAACUGAAGUGGGUGCCACGUCUAUAAGUCAUUCUGUUUUAUAGACCAUUAGGAUCUCCAGAGAGAACCUGCAUGGAGACCACUGCUUUUUGUUGAAAUUAAAAUGUCAGAGAAAAAGAAAUAGAACAAAACAGGGAAUCUGCAAUUAAUUACCAGGCCAUAAAAAUUCAAUAAUCAGGAGGCAGAGCGGCCGCGGGCCCAGAGGUAUCAGAGCCAGCGUAACAAGAAUGGAAUACAUUAAUCUUUUCAAAUUAGUUUUUUAAUCUGACGGGGAUAUAUGGUGACAUGCCUCCCCUUCCCGUCUGCCCCCUCCUUCCCCCACUCUGCGGGCUUCGGCCUGAAGCCAGGCUGCUGGAAGGAGGUUCUGGUGUCCAAACCUGGACCCCGAGUCGGCAGAGUAGGGCCUGCAGCCCCAGCUGAGCCCAGGGUCCACAUGCCGGCGGGCCUGGUGGAGGGGCCCCAGCAGCGGUACCAGAAAUGCACUUCUUGGGGGGUCUGGUUCUGGCUGGGGCCCAGUGCGUAGAAGAGCCCAUAGGCGUGCUUCCACUCUGGCCAGCGGGUCAGAGGGUUUAAGAAAGCAAGAGGGUCUAGGAGUAAGCACCGGCUCUCUGAGCUUACGUGUCCUUAUCUGGAAAAUGGGAAUAAUACAAUAUCACUGGCUCACAGGGACCCCUGGUGCUCAAUAAAAGGCCCCCACUGUUACUAUUUUUACUGUCUAGACUGGCUGCUCAGACAGCAAGGAGCCCGAAGCACGGCCAGCACACUAUUCAGAGAGCAUUUAUUUAGCACUUGCUGUGUGCUCAAGCUCUGGGGGAGACGAGACGAGCAGCCUCAGUCCUUACCCUGGAGAAUGUGACUUGAAGUCACGUCAGAGAAACAUUUACAGGGCAAGCAGGAUAAGAGGAUGUAAAGGCAAGGCGGAAGGAGCAUCUCCUCGGAGCCGCCUGGGAAGUGGGAGAAGCCCGACAGCCCGGUCGUGGGCCCACUCAGCCCUCAGGCUCAUCCCCGGCGGCGGCGGAAGAGCAGGCUCCUCUCUCACACCUCCGGCCUGCGGGGCGCCGGCUGAUGGGUCUGAUUAGAGGCCCUGCCCUCGGCUCCCGGAGCCCCGCUCCAGAACUGGGCCUCCUCCGGCGUCACCGGCCAAGGCCCAGGGUCCCGGCAGUCAGUCUAGUGCUCCAAGUUUCUCUCCAGCUCAACCUGCUCUGCAUCCUCAGCCACGCAGCUCGCUCUCUCGCUGACCACCCCCACACCACCACCAAGCUGCUGAGCCCCGCCUGGGGAGCCCUCGGUGGAGCUCUCGUUUGGUCAGAGUGGUGAGUAACUGGGCUGUCCCCACGGGAUAGCUGCAGAGCAGCAGCAGGGUGACCUUCUGCCCUUUGGACUGUGACUCCUUUUAAGUGUAGCCCACCAAGUGCUGGGCCCUGUAGAAGUCCUUCACCUGGAUUUUCUCAUUUCAUCCCCUGGGAUGUCGGGACCAUUAAUAACCCCAUUUUACAGAACAGGAAAUUAUGACGCUGGGGUUCUUCACCAGUUCUGUGUGUCCCGUGGUCCCCGAAUCCAGCUUCACUAAGAAUACAAGCCAGGACAGCUUCUCCCACCUCCUCCAGAGUUUGGCACACAGUAGGUGUCCAAUCAAUGCUCACUGGAUAAUGUCCCUGAAGAACAGCGUGCCUUACCUGCCCUCCAAUCGCUUUCCUCCCCAAGAUGACUUCACUCCAACCUAUAACAGCAGCUGCCAUUUAUUGAGCACCUACUGUGUGCCAGGCUGCGGGAUCUGGUGUCUUUACAAUAAGACUGUGAUCCCCGCUUUACACAAAGGAAACUGAGGCUCAGAGAGACUGAUGGGCCCAAGAUCUCACACCCAUGACAGGAUUCUAAGGACAUCGUCUCAGCGUCCCAUCAACCUGACCUGCCCCAGAGCUUCCCAGCCCACCUCUGGUUGUGUCCCCCGAAACCCACUCCUUCAACCUGCUACCCUUGGUCACCUCCCCCAAAGGCCUCGUCUGACUCUCAGUUCUUCUCAGGGGCUCCUUUAAUUUCUAUCACUUUGUACUCGUUACUAUCCUGUUACACUGACGGCGCACGCACCCUCCCACACACGCCCCAGGGGGCGUCUCAGUAGAAAUGGUAGAGCGGAGGAAGAAGGAUAUCAAAAAUUUCCUCCCUGACCCAGGUCCCCAGACCGUGCUCCCUUGCCAGGCGAAGUUCCAAGCGCGGCCACCAGAUGGCGCCCGGCUCGCUUGGGCAGGGUUUGCAGUAAGGCCGUGGAGCCGCCAGAUGGAGCUCGAGACCGCAGCUCCGCGGGCAGUACCCAGACAAGGCGGACCAGCGAGAGAGCCCAAGGGUCCCAGUGCGGUCUGGGUAGCCCUAGCGCAAGUGACCUUGCCGCCGCCGCCGCCGCCUCCUGCCCGCACCAUGAUCCAGCCCAUGCCCCGGCUCUCUGUGCCUGCUGCGCUGGCCCUGGGCUCGGCCGCUCUGGGUGCCGCCUUCGCUACCGGCCUCUUCCUGGGGAGACGGUGCUCUCCAUGGCGAUCUCGGCGAGAGAAGCGCCUGCUGCCCCCUGAGGACAGCCCCCUGUGGCAGUAUCUGCUGAGCCGCUCCAUGCGCGAGCAUCCGGCGCUGCGGAGCCUGCGGCUGCUGACUCUGGAGCAGCCGCAGGGGGAUUCGAUGAUGACCUGUGAACAGGCCCAGCUUCUGGCCAACCUGGCGCGGCUCAUUAAGGCCAAGAAGGCGCUGGACUUAGGAACUUUCACAGGCUACUCAGCCCUAGCAUUGGCCCUGGCGCUGCCGCCGGCCGGCCGUGUGGUGACCUGCGAGGUGAACCCGGGGCCCCCAGAGCUAGGGCGGCCCCUGUGGAGGCAGGCUGAGGAGGAACACAAGAUCGAUCUUCGGUUGAAGCCCGCCCUGGAGACUCUGGACGAGCUCCUGGCUGCGGGUGAGGCCGGCACCUUCGAUGUGGCCGUGGUGGACGCCGACAAGGAGAACUGCACCGCCUACUACGAGCGGUGCCUGCAGCUGCUGCGACCGGGAGGCGUCCUAGCUGUCCUCAGUGUAAGGGAUCUAGGGGAGGGAUCCUCUGGGGCAAGGUGUUUCCCCUUGGCUCCUCCCUGUACCCCGCCCCCCAAACCCUUCCCAGUACUCAUGUCAGCCCCUCCCUCAAGGUAUUCCAGCGAGUCCCCAGGCUUUCCCACCUCCAGCCCUCACCCCGCCUCCUGCUUAGGCAGCUCCCUCCGAAACCCCCAUGGUGCCCCGCCCCUCCGCAGGUUCUCUGGGAAGGAGAGGUGUUGCAGCCUCAGCCGCGGGACCCGGAUGCCCAGUGUGUGCGCAACUUAAAUGAGCGCAUCCUGCGGGAUGCCAGGGUCCACAUCAGCCUCCUGCCUCUGGGCGACGGCCUCACCUUGGCCUUUAAGAUCUAAGAUUGGGACCUGGGGA